UAAUCAAUACUGCUCUAUAAAUUCUCGUCUCUUAUCAAUUCAAUAUCCAUCUCAAUCUUCUUAAGUAGUUCUCAAGUUAAAAUUUCCUUCGCGAAAAAACGAAAAAGAAGAAGAUGAAUGUCAAAAUUUCGAAGUUUGCAGCAGUUUUACUGCUCUUUUGCCUAGUUGUGUUCUUUCUUUCCGAACCAGCUUUGGCUAAACCUAAGCAUGCACGGCCGGCCAAAGUAGCACCACUCAAAAUCGGAUUUUACGCAAAAACAUGUCCAAUUGCUGAGAAGAUUGUAAGAAUUGCGGUGAAUGAAGCCGUGUUGCUCAAUCCAGGAAUAGCUGCUGGUCUCAUUAGAAUGCAUUUCCAUGACUGCUUUGUCAGGGGUUGUGAUGGUUCAGUAUUGCUGGAUUCAGUUCUUGGAAAACCAGUCGCGGAGAAAGAUAACUUGGCGAAUAACCCGAGCCUCCGGGGGUUCGAGGUGAUUGACCAAGCAAAAGCUACAAUAGAGACUUUAUGCCCAAGAACAGUCUCAUGUGCAGAUAUUCUUGCAUUUGCUGCUCGUGAUAGUGCCCUUAAAGCUGGAAAUAUUUGGUAUGAUGUGCCGGCGGGACGGCGUGAUGGCCGUGUUUCUUUAAGCUCCGAAGUUUUACAAGAACUUCCUCCACCUUUCUUCAAUGCCAAGCAACUUGAAGACAACUUCAAAAGAAAGGGACUGUCACUUGAUGAAAUGGUUACACUAUCUGGUGCACACUCCAUUGGCGUCUCUCACUGUUCUUCAUUUUCGAACCGUCUUUACAGUUUCAAUGCAACACACCCACAAGACCCUUCCUUGGAUUCUGCUUAUGCUGCAUUCUUGAAAACCAGAUGCCCUCUGCCGGCGAAUAACGUGGUUGACCCGAUUGUGAGUCUGGAUAUUCAAACUCCAACCCGAUUGGAUAAUAAAUAUUAUACAAAUUUGCAGAGUCGUAGGGGGCUAUUGACUUCGGACCAGACAUUGUUGGACAGUCCCUUGACUAGGAAAUUGGUUGUGAACAAUGUUAAGUUUGGUAAUGUUUGGGCGAAAAAGUUUGGGGCUGCUAUGGUGCGCAUGGGUUCCAUUGAUGUUCUUACUGGCAAACAAGGAGAGAUAAGGAGGAACUGCCGUUUCGUGAACUGAUUAAUUAAUUAUUUGGCUAACAUGCGCUACGGCUAAUUUGAGUUUGAUAUUUCGUCGUUUGCAGAAUUUUAUUUCAUUAUUCCAUCUCUUGUUCGUAUGAAGAAAUAAUGUUAAGUUGUUAACCCCAUUAUUGUGCAAGAAAUUGUAUUUGGAAGCGUGAUUUAUUCUAA